GUAAGAAGUAAACAUUGAAUGGACGACUACCGACUACCAUGCUACCGGCCGCCCACCAAUCGCCCCUUCCCCUCCCCUCGUUCCGUUUUCGCCGUUUCUUGCCACUUUUCUAUCGCCAUCGCCGACAUUCUCUCCUCUGCCUUGCGUUGUCCUCCGUCCUUUCCGGCCAUCGUUCCAUAUUCUGCCAGGGCCCUUCCCAUGGCCUUGCAGGCCGGAAUAAGGUACCUACCCCCUUGGUUGAGGUCUGGUAUGGGAUACGGGACGGAAAAUUGGCAACGGUAAUCCAUCACGCCCCUGACCGUUUCCCUCAUCUCGGUCUGUCUACUCAGUGUUGAGCUUGGAGGACUUACCCCUUUAUUGCUUGUUGGUUUUCGGUACGAUGCAGCUGCAAGGGCGGGAAGGACGGGAAAAGGACUGGUUGAGCCAUGUGUAAGAGAGCCAAUUGGUCAUCAGAUGAUGAUGUCGACGAUUUGGCUAAGAAAAGCAUUUACGUAUGGUGUACGAAUACUUCCUACUGUUUAUGGGGGUAUGUGCGCUGAAUGGGUAGGUACAGUAG